UGCGUGGAGCGGCUGGGCAGCGCUGAACCUGUGAGGUGUGCGGGCGGGUGCCUGUGAGUAGCUUUGGCGGAUAUGGCUCCCAACGCGCUGGUGACGGAACCCGAGUAUCCCAAAGGCAUCCGGGCCGUGUUGUUGGGGCCGCCCGGGGCUGGCAAGGGUACCCAGGCACCUAAACUGGCUGAAAACUUCUGUGUCUGCCAUCUGGCCACCGGGGAUAUGCUAAGGGCCAUGGUGGCUUCUGGCUCAGAGCUGGGGAAAAAGCUGAAGGCAACUAUGGAUGCUGGGAAACUGGUGAGCGAUGAAAUGGUAGUGGAGCUCAUAGAGAAGAACUUGGAGACCCCUUCCUGCAAAAAUGGCUUUCUUCUAGAUGGCUUCCCUCGGACUGUAAGGCAGGCUGAAAUGCUUGAUGACCUCAUGGAGAAGAGGAAAGAGAAGCUUGAUUCUGUGAUUGAGUUCAGCAUCUCGGACUCCCUGCUGAUCCGGAGAAUCACUGGAAGGUUGAUUCACCCCAAGAGUGGCCGGUCCUACCAUGAAGAAUUCAACCCUCCAAAAGAGCCCAUGAAAGAUGACAUCACCGGGGAACCCUUGAUCCGUCGAUCCGAUGAUAAUGAGAAGGCCUUGAAGAUCCGCCUGGAGUCCUACCACACUCAGACCACCCCACUCGUGGAGUACUAUAGGAAACGAGGGAUCCACUGUGCCAUCGACGCAUCCCAGACCCCUGAUGUCGUGUUUGCAAGCAUCCUAGCAGCCUUCUCCAAAGCCACAUCCUAGUAACAGAAGGCCAGGAGAGACUACACCACUGCUCAUCUCCCUGCGGCGUGAUCCCUGCUCCUAGGUGCUGGGCAGAGGGGAAGGGUGGUUAAGGGAAGAAGGAUGGAGAAGGGAGGGUGGUGAGGGGCUCAGGAGCAGUAUUUGGAAGAGCAGCCGUGUUGUAGUGAGUGGGAUUUUAUACACAUAGGUGGGAAUUUUAAAGUAUCAGCAGAGAAGAAUAAUUUUUUUAAAAACUGUGAUUGGAGGGUGUGGGUACAAAUAGGAAGAGAUACAGUGUUAUUUCUAAGCAAUCAGGCUUUCAUUUACUCUGGACUGGUGACAGUAUUUUAAAGCCAUUGCUCUUAAGGCCUCAGUUUUCAAUCUAAGAACCUCAUGGGAUACCAGGCCAAGAAUGUAGAAAGUCGGUUGUGAUCCCAACUGUCUUACAGCUUGGAACCAAGCAUCUGACUUAUGCUUCCCCAUACCAUACGAUUAAAAUAUCAUCUCCGCAUCUGAAAGAGAUCAGAAUAUAAUCAUGGGGCUGUAGCUCAGCAAAUCAAGACCAUGGGAGUCUAGGGAGUCCUUUGCCAUGACUUGCAACUGAUUUACCAGUCCACCUGCUCUGAUGGCAAAGCCUUCAGCAGCCACCCAACACACAACUGUCCUGCUGUCUUGCCUUCUUUCAUCCGUGGUGUGUGAAGGAGCCCUUUUAAGCAAAUGAACAAGGGCUGGGGGUGUAGUUCAGUGGCACAUGCUUGCCUGGCAUUGCAAGGCCAUGGGUCUAAUCCCCAGCACUGCAAAAAAAGAAAAGAAAAAAAUGAUUAUGAUAAUAAAAUAAACAAACGAUUAAGUGUCCUAAGCUAUAUCAUCCAAAGAUUGUCCUCUCCAUCCUCAAAUCCCAUGACUGGGAUCACUCAACAGCACUGUGAUGUAUUGUUUUCAAUAAGGUGCCUUUCUUAACUAACCAAAUGCUGCCUUGUUUGGCUCCUAAGUCAAUAAAGUAUGUUAAAAAUUUGUA